AUGGCUGCACAGACAAGCAAAGCAGACUUCCAGGGUAUAUUCCCAUUUCUGGUACAGGAGUUGGGCGAUCAUGCCCGCCAGUACGGCAUGCCCCCUGCCGCCCUGCAGUGGUUCCUGAAUUCUCUCAAUACAAAUACUCCUGGCGGAAAGUUGAACCGCGGCCUCUCUGUUCCUCAUUCCGGCGAGUUCCUACUUAAACGAGCCUUAACAGAGCAAGAAUCUAAAGAUCUCUGCACCCUUGGCUGGCUUACAGAACUCCUGCAGGCGUUUUUCCUUGUGUCAGAUGAUAUAAUGGACGGCUCCAUUACUCGCCGUGGUGAGCCAUGCUGGUAUAGGCGCAAAGGUGUCGGGAUGAUCGCGAUCAAUGACAGCUUUAUGCUCGAAUCGUCUAUCUACGUCCUUCUCAAGAAACAAUUCCGCUCGCACCCUGCAUACGUUGACUUCCUUGAGCUUUUCCACGAAACCUCUUUCCAAACUGAACUCGGCCAGCUGUGCGACUUGCUCACUGCCCCUGAAGAUGAAGUCGACUUAAGCAAGUUCAGCUUGGACAAAGUCAGUUUCAUCGUCAUAUAUAAGACCGCCUAUUAUAGCUUCUAUCUUCCUGUUGCUCUAGCUCUUCAUUAUUUACAGCUCGCAACGCCGAGGAAUCUUCGACAGACACAUGAUAUUCUCAUCCCCCUAGGCGAAUACUUCCAGGCCCAGGAUGACUAUCUCGACGUCUAUGGCAAGCCAGAGCAGAUCGGUAAAAUUGGCACCGAUAUUCAGGACAACAAAUGCUCCUGGAUCAUCAAUCAGGCGCUGAAGCGGUGUUCUCCUGAGCAACGUAAGAUCCUGGACGACUCUUAUGGAAGAAAGGACUCGAACCUCGAAGCCAAAGUCCGAGCUGUUUUCGACGAGCUGAAUAUGGUGCGGGUCUAUAAUGAUUAUGAGGAAGAACAAGUCGCGAAGCUCAGAAACCUAAUUGCCGGCCUAGACACAUCAGAGGGGUUGGAAAAAGAGGUUUUUGAGGCUUUUUUGGCCAAGAUUUAUAAACGUGAUAAAUAA